GAGCUCUUAGUUAAAAAGGUGACUUGCAUACUACGUAAGGCAUGCUACCAUUGAAAAACCUUUCUAUAAUAGCAACAGUUGAAAGUCAUUUAAAUCGUUCUUUGUCUUCGGUUUCGGUCUUGUCCCACCGAUGUCUGAGCACAUCCCUAAAGUCCAUGUGGGCAUGAUCCCCGAUGUGCAGGUGGGGACUCAGGCAGGCUUUGAGAGACACAUGGAUUCAUCCAGGAUGGAGAACAGGAAACCCUGGAGGGAGAGGUUUUUCAGAUGUUUCAGGCGGUUCAGCACUCAACCCGGAUGCCUCUGGUCCUUUACCAGGAGGUCAUCUAAGGGCUCCUCACAGGACUGCAGACAGGAGCGGGUCCACGGAGCACCCUGCUCCAUCUCCCUGCAUGAGGGGCCGGAGCCCCACACCAGCAACAGAGCCCAGGGCGGGCACAGGGGGGAAAGUGUGUCCACAGGGGACACGAAUGAGACCUACAGGGUGUGGAGUGUCCGGAGACGCCGACUGGAGACGUUGGUGGGCAACCUGGUGCCUGCCUUCCUGGGCGGUGACCCCGCCUACCUCCCCACAUUCCUGGGCACCUACAGGGCUUUUGGCACCACCCAGCAGGUGCUGGACCUUCUCUUCACGAGGUACGGAUGCAUCCUCCCUUACUGCGAUGAGGAUGGUGGACCCCUGCACCAGCUGAAAAUGGCCAUGGCCUCCAUCCUGGGCACCUGGCUGCACCUUUACCCUGAGGAUUUCCAGCAGUCCCCAGAAUUUCCCUGCCUGAAGAUGCUCCUCGCUUACAUAGAGCUCAACAUGCCUGACUCGGACCUGGAGCAGCGAGCCCGCCAUCUCCUGACGCUGCUGGAGACCCUGGAGCCCACUGAGGCCGAGGGUCAUGACCCAGCACCCGCUGGAGAAGAAGCUCCGGAAACAUCAUCAGAUCUCGCGCCAACAGCACCCCUAAUACCUGCCACAGCUCCACAGUCAGAGCAAGCUCAAAGCCCAGCUCCCAUUCAAGUUCAAGGUCUGCAUCAAGUAAACAUGCCAGCUCCGGUGUUAUCCAGCUGUGCUUCCAGAGACCCCAGCAGACCCAGCUUGUGUAGCAGCUCAGGUGCUGGAGCCAGUUCCUCCCCUAACAUCCCUGGAACUGGUCUCAGACCGUCAGCGAGCCUUGCCUUGCCCGGCAGAUGGUGUGCUGCCCCCGUGCCAGCACCAGGCCUGGAGCCUGUGUCUCCACCCUGAUAAUUCCCUCUCUUAAUAUGUGUUUUUUUUUUUUUUUUAUUACAUGUACAAACAUUUUUUCUAUGAGAUAAAGUAAACUUAGAUAGAAAUGGAAUUCUAUGACUUUUUCAAUUGUACGUGUGAGCGGCUUGGAGAACGUUCACUACGUUACAUGACCCCGUCGAUUGUCUGUUUUAGAGCAUCUGCAUCCUAUUUGACACCAACUCUUAUUUUGGGCUCCAAAAUCACUGCAGUGUGUGAUUGCAGCCAUGAAAUAAAAAGACGCUUACUCCUCGGAAGGAAA